AUGGAACAGCUCGAGCAAAUUAAAGAGGAAUCCAAAUAUUUACCAUUGACUAAUCCACUUGUUACGCUGGCCGCCUACUGGGCCGAGCAAGGGAAUAUCGUAGAAACAGAGAAGCUCGUAAGUGAGUGGUUACCAUUAGUCAAUCAAAUGCGAGAUAGCAAGGAAUCAGAUGCACCUCUUCGAACGAAACUUGUCUUCUCGCUGAUGCUGAUGAAAGCACAUCUCGGUGCGCUCAAGGCCGAAGUUGAGAGUAUCGAAGGCGUUAAUGAAAGGCUAGGUGUGCCGUCUCACAGGUCACAAACCUCAGACAUGAGCGCUUUUUUUGAAUCAUGGACCCGACUAGUGGAAAGCUUUUCCGUAAAUAACUUACAAUUACCAUGUGCGAGUAGACAAUAUUAUAAUGCGAUAGUUCAGUUCCAAAUAUUUGCUAAUAGAUUAUCAGAAGAAGAAUUUCCCUUGUCAAAAGCGUACGAAAAAAAUAUUGAACAUGAGUACGGAUACAAUACUGAUAAAUCGAAAGCAUUCAAAUCAAUGUUAGAAGCAUCCUUUCCUUCGUCUGAACAUCAAUCCAAGGCGUCCGAGGAUCGCUCGAAAAUACUACAUAGCAUAUUCGAUGUUGAACGGAUGAUGGGUUUAAAUGAU